AUGGAACUUUAUUUUACGAAUGGCGAAGUCGCCAUAAUAACUGGCGCGGGUUCUGGAAUUGGUGCAGGUACAGCUGUGAGGUUUGCGCAGUUCGGUGUCUCCGGUCUAUGCCUUUCAGAUUUAAAUGGAGCUGGGUUGCAAGAAGUUCGGAAAAAAUGCAUUGAGCAGUCGGCCGGAAGACUCGAUGAAAGCACAGUCAUUACAGUAAUAGGUGAUAUCACUGAAGAAGAAACUUGUGCCGCUAUUGUUGACCAAACAAAAAAAUCUUUGGAUCGAAUUGACAUUUUGAUCAACAAUGCUGGCAUUGUCGGUGUUGGACUUGUGGAGCAUUCACCAAUUUCUCAGUUCGACUGCUUUAUGAAGACAAACCUACGCUCUGUUGUAGUUCUAACCCAAUUGUGUAUUCCAUAUCUUCGCAGAACGAAAGGAUCAGUUGUGAAUGUCUCUUCAAUAGCCGGAGUUAGAUCCUUUCCGGGACGAUCUAAUUAUUGUAUGUCAAAAGCUGCUUUGAAUAUGUACACAAAUUGCCUGGCUGUAGAACUGGCGCCAGAUGGCGUGCGAGUUAAUGCCGUUAACCCUGGAUUAAUAGAUACACCUAUGAUUGAUAAACACGGAUUAGUCGGCGAGCAGCGCAAGAAAUUUCUAGAAGACAACAAAAAAUGCCACCCAUUGGGAAGAGUCGGCACUGUAGAUGAUGUCGCAGACUCAAUUUGCUUCUUGGCUAGCUCCAGAGCUAGCUUUAUGACUGGAAAUUUGACCUUUAUAGAUGGCGGCCGGAAUUGUCUUUGUCCUCGAUAA